UUGCUUUUAACCCGCGUUCCGCCGCCUCCUCCUCCCUCCCAUUUCCAGCCGCUGCUUCCCGUCCCUCCGCACGUCGUUCCUGCCCGACCCCAUUUCUGCAGCUUCCGCUGCAAGCUACAGUGCCAGCCUUCUGUGAAAUUGCCGCUGCCCCUGUCUCUCCGAGCAAACAGAGUAAGUUCUCUGUUUUUUUUCUUCUAAGAGACACAGCGGUUCAACCCUUAACCGCAUCGCCGCCACUCAUUUUUCAAAACCCAAGGUCUUAUCUUCUGUUUUGUUUUUUAAUCUGUUUCUUAGGGUUACGUUGAUUUAUUCUUUCACCGACGAAGAAGAACAUCAAUAACUUUUUCUUUUCUUCGUUGAUUUUAUCUUCAACCAAUGUUGUAUUAGUCCAAAUGAAAACGUAAAACUAAGAACGUAAACCGAUUGAUCAAUAAAACAAACUAUAAUUCUUAUCCGAGUUAAUUUAUAAAGAGGAGACAAUAACUCACCUUUAGUUUGGUUGGCUAUCAAAAACUCGUUGGAUCGAGAUGUGGCAUUUGAAAAGAUUGAAAUUAAUGUUUAUCGGUCGAAAAACUAAUUGAGUUUGAGUUUGAUUGAAUGGCGUUGAAUCUUCUUGAAUAUAGAAGAAACUAUGGAUGCCCAUGAACUGGCAUAGGGAGUUCCAAAUCACAGCUGACAACAAUUUUUUUUCUUGCAUCCAAACACGUUCAAGGAUUUCGAAUUAGAACUGAUUUGAAAUCCUUCCAAAUAUAGAGGUUCAAACAGCGGUAAAGGAGAAUAGAUAAAGGUUACUGAAACCCUCGCCCCUUCUUUUUCCCUCUCCCUUGAGUUUUGAUUUUGUUUAAUAAUGGGAAAGUCUGUUUCUGCUGCAACUUCCUGAAAAUUUUAUGCUGUUACGUUAUAUAUAUAUAUAUAUAUAUAUAUAUGCAUCAAACAGUCAAUAUUCAUGGCGCAAGAUAAUAUCAGGGAGAAACAGAUGGUGAGAGUUGCUUCUGAUGGAGGAACUGGGCGUCGUUUACCGCAGUGGAUGCUGGGAGUUCGUGCUGAUGACCAAGUACAGAGAUCUAAUGAUGUAGAUAACGACAAGAAGAGUCUUGAGGAAGAACUUGAAUCUCAAGCUUCCCUAGCCAAGGAAGCAAAUUCAUUUAAGCGUCCUCAAAAAUCUGUGUUACACCAACAGAAAGAGACUUUGGUGGAAGAUUUCUGCACCCCAGAAUGUGUUUCUAAGAAAAGAAAGGGAAGAAAACGAAAAUCAAGUCGAAUUGAUGAGGCUGAGGAUGCUGAUGACCCUGAGGCAGUCCCAGCUAUGAAAUCAAAUAGACUUAGAAGGAAGCUUGUGGACUCUGCUUUGGGAAAAAGAAAAGCACCAAAAAACCUGGGCACCAGAAGUGAUGAUGAUAUGGAACUGACCGUGGAAGAUCUAAUAGUCAUUGCCAAAGAGUAUGUUGAAGCUGAUAAGGAUAGGGCCCAUAAACACGAAUUGCAUGGAGAACGUGAAUCUUGUAGCAUAAAUCCAAGAACAUGCCACGCCAGGAACCAAUCUGAAGGAUCUUUUAAUACUAAUAAUGAUAAUAAGCAGAGUUCUGUGGAUCUUAGUACUUCAAUUCCUCUUGAUUCAACUGCAAUUUCAGGUGGUGAAAAGAUUGAUAUAGGUGUGAGGACAACGGGAGAUCCUGCUAAGGACAUGCUGAAUUUAUUUUUGGGUCCUUUGCUUAAGAAGUCUGUAGAGAAUGAGCAACCCAAAUUUGUUACAACUGAUGUACAAUUUUCUUGUGAUUUAAAGAGUCAAAAUCAAAGGCAUAAUGAAAAUGUUGGAGAUGUGGUCUCAGUAAUGAAGAAGAAGAGCAGCCUGAAAGAUAAGGUAGCAAUGUUUCUUGGAUAAAGCAGAUAAAUCUGACACCGUGAUGUUUCAGGAUGUCAAGAUGUUUCUUGAUACGGAAUAAUUGAACUUCAAGGUGGCCGAUCCUUGCAGUUUUCAGUGAUAUCAUCAAGAUGAUGAAUAUGAGGAACUUAAUCGGAGUGGAUUUGUUUGAAGACAUGUUCGUUUGCUUCCCCCAUUUUCCCUCAUGGAUUUAAUUGAGGCCGUGGACGCUGUUCAUGAGGUCACACAGCAUUGAGGCUGAAGAGUAAAGUGAAAGAAGACGUUUGGAUGGAAUCCACAUUGUUGAGUUUUAAUUGAAUUUAUUGGAUGUAUGGUUAAAUGUCAUCCUGCUUAGUUCAAGCUAACGGAUUUAGUAAAAUUAGUUAUGGGUUAUUCGCUGUGGAGGAUAAUACUCUAUUGCAUACAAAAUCAAGUUACAAUAGGUUUUUUAAAA